AUGAUGGGAUAUGAAAAGAAUGAUUAGCAAGUAGAGACAUUGAUUGGAAUAAUAUUAAUGAUAUCUGUUGCAAUUUGUUCAUCAAUAAUAUAAGUGCUAAUUAAUACAUUGGCAAAAUAUGUAUACAUUUUAUCAUAAUUUAGGUAAACUAAUUAGUAAUUCUAUAAUAUUUUUGUAUAAUAACUAUUGGAGCAAAAUCUAUGAAUUUAUUCAUCUUUCCAUCUAAAUAAUGGGUUAUUCCAAAUAAUUUUGUAACAACUAUGCUAAUAAUGAUUGGGGUUACUUCAUAUAUUACAUAGUUAUUGAUGAAUAGAGCAUAUAUCAAAAGGGAAAUAUCUAUGUUAGGUUAAUCAUAAGUUAUUUUUGGAUAUAUAAUAGAUUUAUUUAUGGGAACAAAUAUGACUAUUUUUAGUAGUUUAGGUAAAGAAGAAAUAAAUAUCUGA